AUGGCCACAGAGAUUAAAGCUACAUCUAAAAAUGAAGCUGUUGAAUCAGUUUCAGACAAAAGAAAAUUACGUAAAUUAGAAGAUGAUGGAGAAUAUGAUUAUAUUACAGUUCCACCCGAUGGAGGAUUUGGUUGGGUAGUUCUUAUUGCUUGUUUUCUUAUCAAUUUAAUCAUUGAUGGCUUUCUUUAUGCAUUCGGUGCCAUCUCAGAUGAUCUAAAAGAUCAUUUCAAAUGUCAAGAAUGGGCUGUAUCACUUAUCAUUUCUCUUGCUUGUGGUUUUUAUUUACUUAGUGGUAACUAA